AUGGCAGCCAAUAAACCUCUCGCGAUUCGAGUCGGAGGCAAAUUCAAGCGUGCUUCAGCACCUAAAAGCAGAAAAGGAUGUCUCACCUGGCAAUCUGCGAAACAAGUUUCCUAUAAGACUCAUACCGUCUUCGAUAGAUUCCGACAUUUAAAAUGCGACGAAGCAAAACCUGUUUGCCAAAGGUGUCAAGACGACAAGAUGAAGUGCGACGGUUACCUUCCUCCAAAGCCCAGAGCUUCUAAAGGAUCCAAGAAAAAGAAGGAACCCCAAUCACAGGCUGUCGCGAUUGUCAAUCCAACUUUGCAGCAUUUCGAUCAGACGCCGAUAUUGACAAACCCCGAGAGACUAUACCUCCAACACUUCCUCCACUGGACCGUCAAGCAACUCUCAAUUUCAUCCAGCGCCACGAACUUUUGGUUGUGUUAUGCACUUCCCAUGUCAUAUCAGUUUGAUGCUAUCAGGUAUAGCAUGAUUGCAGUGGGUGCUUCCCAUCGAGCAUUCAUGUCCCAUUCUCUUGGCUUUGGGCGUCCUGAGUAUCUGCAACGCCCCGUCAUACAGCACUACAACAAAGCCAUAUCGUCUAUCCUACCUAUCAUGUCAUCUCCAAAACAGUGGGACAUACACUGUAUCUUGAUCUGUUGUAUGCUCUUCAUGACUUGCGAAGGACUUACUGGCCGUUAUGACGAACUCCUGAAGCAUCUUGCCGCUGGUGACAUGAUACUGCAAUCACUUCAAGAUCCUACUACACACGAGGAGUCCACCAUGACGAAGAAGCUAGUUGCCAUGUUUUCUCAACUUUCCCCUGAGUCAUCUGACUUUAUGAAAGAUCCCACUCUAUCUGGUAUCCAGAAGUGGUGUUCCAAAGAUGUAAAGCAUAGCGUCAACGACACGGACCCGUUCGAAACCCUCGAUGAAGCUUCAUACGCACUACACCAGCUGCGAUUUCUUCACGAUUUCGCACCCCACAACCCCCACAGAGAAAACGGCGAGGCGAAUGAUAAAGCCUUCCAGCAAAUACUCAAACAAUGGGAAGAGCGCUUACAAGGUCUAGCCCAGCACGGUAUAUUGCAUUGGACGGAUGAAGAAAUGUGGCAGUUCCAGAAUCUUCGACUUCGUCAACUUGAUUUUCAGAUGCAUAUGGAUUCUUACGAGGAUGAAGAAUGGACAAAUCCAACAGACCGACCUUUUUUGCCCUUCUUGAAAACUGCCGAACUGGUGGCGGCGCCUCUGAUAGAUAUGGGUCAGCCUACAUAUUCCUUGGAUGGAUGCCUCGUCUCAGGUCUUUCGUUCGCGGCGUUUGCGGCGCCGGAUGAAGCUAUGAGAGAACGUGUCCUCAAUCUGCUUGGAAAGCUUAAUCAUCGAGAAGGCAUCUACGAUAGCAACGAUGUGGCUGAGAUGCACGCGCUAGCGGCAAUGGAUAUGGGCGAAAAUGGACCUGACGGUUAUGACUCUGAUGGUGAGUCUGUGUAUGAUGAACUCGAUCCACCAUUGACGUCGCCUAUUGGAAUACCAAUCAUGAUUGAGGGGCUGGCUCGUAAGGCUGGGGUCACAAGCAAGCGCUUAGAGUGCUAUUCAUAG